AUGGAGCGCAUGCAAGACGAAAAGCCGAAGAAGAAGGUCACCGCUUACCUUCUCUACUGCGUUUCAACAGCAGUCAUCGGCUCACUACAGUUUGGCUACAACACUGGGGUCAUCAAUGCACCCGAGCAGAAACUGCGUAGUUUUUUCCAGAAUGUGUCUAUGAAGAGGUACGAGGAGCCUUUCAGCGAGGAUGCUGAAACCAUGGUGUGGAGCUUUGCUGUGGCCAUUUUCAGUGUAGGAGGCAUGAUCGGGUCUUUCUCUGUCGGAGCCAUGGUCAACAAAUUUGGCAGGCGUAAGUCCAUGCUGUUUAAUAAUAUCCUGGCUCUCAUUGGUGGGGGUCUGAUGGGACUGUCGGCUGUGAGUCAAUCUUUCGAGAUGGUCAUCAUUGGCCGGUUUGUCAUCGGCGUGUUCUGCGGUCUGUGCACGGGACUGACACCCAUGUACGUGGGCGAGAUCUCUCCCACUGCUGUCCGAGGAGCCUUCGGGACACUGCACCAGCUGGGUGUCGUUAUUGGCAUCCUGGUGGCACAGAUCUUCGGUCUUGAGGCUCUGCUCGGCUCAGACACUCUGUGGCCUCUGCUGCUGGCUCUGACCAUCCUGCCCGCCAUACUGCAGAGUGUCCUGCUUCUCUUCUGCCCCGAAAGCCCCCGCUACCUGCUCAUUGUCCUCAACCAGGAAGAGGACGCAAGAAAAGCCCUGGUGCGUCUUCGCGACUCUGGGGAUGUGAGUGAUGAUAUCCAGGAGAUGAAGGAGGAAGGGAUGAGGAUGAGCAUGGAGAAGAAAGUGACCAUCCUCGAACUCUUCCGCUCCCCAAACUACCGUCAACCAAUCAUCAUUGCUAUAGUCCUCCAGCUCUCUCAGCAGCUGUCUGGCAUCAACGCUGUGUUUUACUACUCCACAGGUAUAUUUAAAAAAGCUGGUGUUACCCAACCCAUCUACGCCACCAUAGGAGCUGGAGCUGUCAACACUGUCUUUACUGUUGUCUCUCUCUUCCUGGUUGAACGCGCUGGGCGAAGGACGCUGCACUUGAUUGGUCUGGCUGGAAUGGCUAUCUUUGCCCUCAUUAUGACCAUCUCCCUGUCUUUGGUGGCAACCACCCCGUCCAUGAGCUACCUGGCUAUCGUGGCUGUGUUCGGCUUUGUUGCCAGUUUUGAGAUGGGUCCAGGUCCCAUCCCCUGGUUCAUCGUGGCUGAGCUCUUCUCCCAGGGGCCUCGACCUGCUGCCAUGGCCGUCUCUGGGUUCUCCAACUGGACCGCCAACUUCCUGGUGGGGCUGGGUUUCCCUAAACUGGCGGAUCUUUGUGGUCCGUACGUCUUCAUCAUCUUCACGGUCCUCCUCAUCCUAUUCUUCAUCUUCACCUUCCUGCGAGUGCCUGAGACCAGAGGCAGGACCUUUGAUGACAUUGCACAGGGAUUCGCUGCCAGCGCAGGGAAGCCCUCCAUGGGGCCAGAGGCUGGCCUGACAGAAGGCAAAGAACCUGUCCCCACGUCUCCCACAGACAAGGUUCCCAUGGUGGAUCUUCCAUAG